UGGAACAACACCUUGCGGACGCGUAGACGCAUCUUUAUCCUCAGCUAUCCGGACUGAGUCGAGAGGACUCUCGGUAUUCUUGACAAUACGGACGUAACGGCAGUCGCAAAAUCUUCUGCCAGGAAGGCUCUCAAAGUGCGGAUCACUGGCACUCCGGCCAUCAUCAGGAGGACCGUCUGAAAAGUCUUUUGGCUGGGCUACGAGGCUGUAGCUGUAUUAAUGUACUACAACUGUCCAGUAAACCUGAAUAACUUCGGAGCUCCACGACGCACCGAUGGAUACUGGGCGUUCACAGGCUGAGAACAACAGGUUGGCCAACUGUUGUGCGGCUUAUGGAUAUGAUGAGCUGAUGAAAAGCAGAGCAAAACCUCUCCGGAUGUUUGAGGAAGAGACUGCAUCUCAGCGCUCGUCAUCCGAUCUAUCCUCCCACGACGUCUCAGCGGCCCGCCCCGAAAAUGUGGAGGGCAACGAACUCAAACCGCUCGUCGGUCGGAACCUGAACAGCCGGACUCCAAUGUGGCAGCACGAUAAUGGCUGCAUUCGAACGCCUGCUCGAUUUCUCCGCUGGCUUCCAGGGGCCCUACUCAACAUGGUCGAAAGCCUGGUGUCUGCUAUCGCCAACAUGAUGAACGCUGUCUUCGAGUGCAUGCCAUAUCCUUUCAGGAUAGUCAUUUGGUUCUGCUUGCUCGCGACAUUGACUGUGAAUGGAAUCUUCCUUGGUAUCGCGCUGAGUCGCAGGGAAUCUGCGUUUGUGUCAUUUGUUGUCGAAGCUGCAUCAAUAUCCGUGUGGGCAGUUCUCAAUCGCAGUGUUAUGGGAAGGAGUUUCUCUCAGGAUAGAGGCGAGGUGGUAUGAUCAAGCGCACUCUAUGUGUUCCUUCGGUUAUAUAGGUAGCUAGGUUAGGGAGUAAGAAGGUAUUCAGAAGAUUGCGCAAAGAGGCAGCUGGCGAUGGGUUCCGCCCCCCCACUUUAAUGGCGGAGUUCAGUCAUAGAAAGAAAGAAUAACCACGCAGACCAGAAUCAUGGAAGCAAUGGAACA